AUGAAACUCAUCCGCGCCCUCUGCGUCCUCGCGGCCGCCGAGGCCUUCGUCGCGCCGACGCCGCGCCGAAACCCGUACGCGACGCUCGCGGCGACGUCGCAGCAGGCCGACGCCGGCAAGGACGAGAAGGCCGCGAAGCUCCCGACGAUCGUCGACGGCGGCCACCCCAUGUUCGGCAAGAAGCUGAGGGUGCGCGGCGCGAAGAUGUCGCGGUCCGGCGCGGACCGCUUCAGCAACCUGCGCUGCUUCGCGGAGCCCGGCGACCCCUACGCGUCGCCGCUCAACUACCUCCUCGCGCACGGCGACGAGGUCACGUGCCUCGACUUCAAGGACUUCGCGGGCCAGACCUGGGUCAUGCACGAGCGGAGCCGCCAGCGCCGCGGCCUGAUCCCGGGGCACGAAGCCGACCUUGGCGCCGUCACAGAGGACCAUGAUCGCGUUCGCGUCGAACGCGUUUCCGGGCUCGCGCUCGACGGCAUACACGCCGUCCGCGUCGUAGCAGAGGUGGCGGUCGAUCGUGCUGUUUCGGCGGCAGCACUUCCCCUUGUCGCGGUCGUCCUCGUGUUGGCACGCGAACCCGUGCGACUUCGAGAAGUCGACCUUGAUGUGAGUUCCUCUGGCUGCGAAUCGACCGUCAAAUCGACGACGAUUGGUGACGCUUUUUCAUCAUCAUCGGAAUGCGUGAGAUCGAUCAUCGCGGGUGCCUGA